AAUUAGCAUAACAGAGACAUUAAGUGAUGAAAAUCAUGACGAAUAUGAUAACAAUCAUGUAACUAAUAGCAUGCUAUCUAAAGAUAGAAAUGAAAGUGAUAGUGCUACAACUCAAAUAACUUAUGAUAUGCCAUCUGAAGAUAGUUAUGAACGUAAUAAUGAUAUAACUCAUAGUAUGCCAUCUGGAAUAAAUCAAUUAUCAAAACCAAAUCUUAAAGAUCUUCAACUUGUACCUAUUAACAAGGCACCUGGAAAAAGCAAUUUUAUUGGAUAUUUAGUAUUACGACAUGCAAUUACAGAAGCAUUGCACAAGCAAAAACUACAACAAGAUCCCAAACAACAAAAUAUUGAUCAAGUAUUCCAAAAAAUCAUAACAAAUGAUCCCAAACAAAAAACAAUUCGAGAUCAAAAGUUUGUUAGUAUGUUGGUUAAGGAUCAAUUGCCUAUAAAUAUACAAGAAGGAACUGGCUUUAAUGAAUUUUUAGCAGAGUUUGAUCCUAAUUACCAGUUGCCUAGUGAAAGACUCUGUCAAAGAUUACUCACAGAUGCUUUUUUAAGUUCUAAAAAGAACCUUAAAAAAAUACUUAAUAUAAAUGCUAUAUCUUGUUCUUUAACUUGUGAUCUGUGGACGGAACGUAACC